CUUCGGGCUUCCUGAAAAGACCGUGUCAAUAUGUCAAUCGUUGACUUUUCCCUUUGCAAGUGCCCUGUCAGCAAAUGGGAAUCCAUCUUCUGGACCUCUUGCGGGAAGUGACUUUGCAGAUAUAUUCACCACGCGACUUGUCGAUUGAUGAGAAUUCUUCAGACUGUUUCAAUCAACCUCCGUAACGCAAACGAUCACCUAUUCCUGAACGUUGACGCUCACUUCGGCAGCCAUUCAAAUCUACCCUCGUGCCCCAUUUCCGAAGGCUUUGAUUCCCAAGAUAUGUUUCACUUUGAGAAACGCAGGAAAGAGAGGGCGAAUGCGCACACUUCCAUCACACCCAUGCGGCUUGCUGGGCAACGCCGCAAAUGGAGCGAUACGUCCGCUUCAAGUCACAAGCAGAAACGGAAAGCUGCUUUUGAAAAAUCAACAGGAAGAGCCACGAAACCGAUUGGAAAACUGCUUCGCAAAAAUCAGAAGGAAGAAGAUGGCAACAACAGCGACUCUGGCGUGUGGUCAAGUGACUGGCAACCUAUCUGGCUGACGCUCAAUCAGAAAGAUAGAACCAAGUCGGUACGAAUGAAUGGUCAGAAUCAUAUUCUACCACGCUAUGGAAGUGCUGGUAUCUCAUUAUCUCAUGCCACAGGGCCACACAAACGCCUCACACUUCCACCUGGUACUCCUGCACCUUCUGUGCCAUCUCUGUCGGCAGUGUCAAUGGCCGUCGGUCAGACCCAUUCGCUCUCCACUGACAGCCCAUGCCUAACGAUGAGAAAGUCUAAAGGGCAAGGCACCCUUUCAGGAAUAUACCGUGCAGAGAAUCAAAUCACCGGCGCAUACAAUAGGGACGCGUGCAAAGUCAGCGUUGCUUCUCACACGGUCGAAGGCCAUUCUGAGCCCUUCUCAGAAUAUCUGGACGUCGUCGGCGAAGGCCCUGCAGUCGAACCAACGCGGAAAGAGCACAUUCAGUGCCCGCCAAAGUGGCUGAAACCCCUCUGCAAAGGAGCUCAUGAAGACCUGAGUGCAGAGCAGGAGCGCGAUAAAAGUGAAAUGUUGCCUCGUUCUCACUCUGAGGACGACUUGCCUUUCAUCGCACAAACCACUUGCCGCCUUCAAUUUGGGGAAUUCCAUGAGUUCCAGACCAUUCCAAAUCUCUCUGAAAGGGCAGCAUGGGCCCAUGACCUAAUGCAGUGCGGCCAGCGAUUUUCGACGCAAGAGGCCAUGCGUCUCCAGGCCCACCGGCAUAUCUACGGAAGUUCGCUCUACUUGUCGCAGCUUCCACAUCUGACGACACGCCACGAGGUGAUGGCUACCUCUCCGCUUGCGAAGGCAACGGAUGAUGUCAGCGUGACUAAAGCGGCAGUUCAGCAGGCGGAGGCGAGCUCGUUUUGGAAGGGGAACAAACCCAAACAGAGAGUGUCCUUUUGCUUUGACGCUCCGUUGAGGAGCGCGAACAUUAACUUCAUCGAGAAACAACUCAAUCAUUCCGUUAUCUUCAGGCCUCGCUUUUCAGUCUCCCCUUCGUCGCCAUCAGCUUCACACGCUCUGGCGGCUUCGAGUCACAAAGACAUGGAUCAGCAGUCGUUGGACGAGAACAACAGCGAGUCUCGCCUGGAAAGUAGCAGCAGCGGCUUCUGCUUCAAAAUUCGUGACUGUUUCAAUACCGAAAGUCUCGACACGCUUGACAUGGAAAUGAGCGAGAAAAUGGGUGGACGCAGAGUGCAGCGCGGAAUCGAUGAAUUUGAGGGCGACCCCAGAAAGGAAAACGCUUUUCGAGGAUAAUUACCCGCAAGCGAGGAUGCUGUUCUGUAGCUCUCAGUCCGUAUACAGACUUUUACGCU